CAUGCGGGUUCCGCUUUACAAGGCUUCGUUUGCCCACUGACCCCUUUCUCGACUCCCGCACACGCAAAAGCACCGCCACCCACCACUAGCGGGCUCUCUCUCUCUCUCUCUUUCGCUCUCCUCUCUUCUCUCUCGCUCAGGACCCGAGGAUAUCUCGUAGUUUAACGCCGACCCUUUUGCGAGAAACCCAGCUCCGUGUGGGAGGGGGGGUGGUUUUCCGUCUCUUCCCCCUUCGCGCUUAUCGAAAGUAAGUGAGUGUGUGUGUGUGUGGUUGUGUCAUUGCGUUUGAUGGAGAGUAACGGCUGAGCUCGAGGGCCAUUUUCCGUUCGCGGGCGUUGGACUUUUCUGAGCCAGAGAGCCUUCUUUGUUUGUUUCUUGAGGAAAACGAGCCGAAGCACGCUCGCGUAUUGAUUGUAUCUGUGUGUGCGCGUAUGUUUGGUUGAAGGGUUUGUUUCGGUUUACUGAGAGAGAAGGAGAGAGGCGUAGAGAUUAGAGAGAGGGUAGGUAUAGAAUGAUGGCUCCGGCAACAAACUGGCUAUCGUUUUCUCUGUCUCCGGUGGAGAUGCAUCCUCAGCUCAUCGUCCCUCCUUUCGAUUUGACCUCCACUUCCUCCUCCUCUUCUUCUACUUCCUCCUCUCACUACCUCAUCGACAACUUUUACGGCACUCACGGUUGGGAUAAUCCGAAGCCCCAAAUCCUGUUCGCCGAUGUCGGAGAGGACGCCGCCGAGCCGAGAGACCGCCGGCAGCAGCCGCCGACGAUGGCGGACUCUUCCGUCGUCACGACCUUCCUGGUCGAUCCCUACGCCCCGACCCACCACCACCACCACAUCACUUCGGCGCCUCCGAAGCUCGAGGACUUCCUCAGAGACUCCUCCACCACCGAGGACUCGUCCCUCACCACCCACAUCUACGACCGGAGCUCCUCCCACUACUUCGACGACGGCCACCACCACGAUCUCAACGCGAUCGCGGGGUUCCAGACGAUAUCCGCCAACUCGGGCUCCGAAGUCGACGACUCGGGUUCCAUGGGUCGGGCGACCCAGGCCCACCUCGCCGAGUUCAACCACCACUCGACCGAGUCGGUGGGGACCGAGCUGGGGUUCGCUGCGGCGGGCGGUGGCGCCCUGUCGCUCGGGGUGGUCGUCGCGGCCUCGCAGCCUCAGUCCACGGAGAAGGCCGUCGCCGGUGCGGUGGCCGGCUCGGAUGGCUCGAAGAAGAUCACCGACUCCUUCGGUCAGCGAACCUCGAUUUACAGAGGAGUCACCAGACACCGAUGGACGGGUAGAUAUGAAGCGCAUCUCUGGGACAACAGCUGUAGGAGGGAGGGCCAGGCAAGAAAAGGCCGUCAAGUUUAUCUGGGUGGCUAUGACAAAGAAGACAAAGCAGCUAGGGCCUACGAUUUGGCAGCUCUGAAGUACUGGGGUCCCACGGCCACCACCAACUUCCCUGUUUCAAACUACACUAAGGAAUUGGAGGAGAUGAAGCAUGUGACCAAGCAGGAAUUUAUCGCCUCACUGAGGAGGAAAAGCAGUGGGUUCUCGAGGGGUGCUUCUAUCUACCGAGGCGUGACAAGGCACCAUCAGCAGGGUCGUUGGCAAGCAAGGAUUGGUCGUGUUGCUGGCAACAAAGACUUGUACCUGGGCACAUUUGCUACGGAAGAGGAAGCUGCUGAGGCAUAUGAUAUAGCUGCCAUAAAGUUCAGAGGCCUCAAUGCAGUCACCAACUUUGAGAUGAGCCGCUACGACGUGGAGGCUAUUGCUAGUAGCACACUUCCAAUCGGCGGAGCGGCCAAGCGCUUGAAGCUCAACCUCGAAGCAGAUCAGAAACCGUGUCUCGACAUCAUUCAGCAACCGCCGCACCGAAAUGGAGGAGGCAACAUCAGUUUCUCUGCCAUUCAGCCGUUUCCCACAAUUCCAUGCGGUAUUCCGUUCGAUGCCUCAACCGCUCUUUACAACCCGAACUUCUUCCACCACCUGCAGCCUAACAUCGGUAACAGCGCCGCUGCCAAUUCCCCUAGCUCCGCCUCCACCAUCCCUACUCCGGCGGCGACUGCAAUACCUCAAACAGCUGACUUCUUCAUUUGGCCCCACCAAUCUUACUAGGCAUGACCAGCUUUAGAUAUGUAAUAAUCUGCUAACUAUAGCAAAAAACCCUUGUUUUAUUUUUUAUUUUUCUCUUCGCGGCAUCCUUAAAAAAGCUGACCUAAAAUUUGAUGACUUUCUCACCCUAACCUCUCUCCUGGCCUUGGCGGUGUUUAGGCAGGAGAAAAUUUUGUUAAAUCAAAGGGUAUAUGAUAUAGCAGCUUUCCGAUGGAUAGUGUUUUU